GCAGCCGAGGAGACGUAGGGGCGACUGAAGGGAGAAGCGGCCGCACUUCCCCGUGGGAGAAGGAGAGCGCUCCCGCAGCGGGCGGGUGGGCGCCCGCAGGCACCCGAGAUGGCUGACAGCGCCGCGGCCACCUCCGCCCCCCGUACCGGCGUGAAGGGCAGCUCGGCAGGGCCCUGGUGGAAGUCGCUGACCAGCAAGAAGCACAAGGAAGCGGCGGCCGCCCCGCCACCCGCUGCCGCCAGCGAGACCCCCGCCGCCCCGCCUAGCCCCGGCGGCCGAGAGGAGCAGCCGCCCCUCUUGGGCAGCGGUGAUGCCGCGGGCACGGGCGGCGGCAACCGCCGGAGCCUCCGCGUCUCCCAUUCGGGCCGCUUCAAGGAGAGGCGGAAGGUGCGCACCUCGCUGCUGGCCGACAGCCCCGAGGUCUUCGACGGAGGCGGUGCCGUGGGCACUGCCGCCCAAGGGGCCGAGUAGCCCAGGAGGGCUUCGCCCCCGGAGCAGCGGUCCGGUGAAAAGCCGCCACUGGACGGGCGGCCGGAGCACCGGCAGGACAGAUGGCUGGAGUCUGCAGCCACCCCACAGCUGGAGCUGGCAUUGCUUAGCCCCGUGGGCAACAUGGAGAUGCGUGGCAGCGGCCUGCCCAGCCCUGAGCGGACCCUGCGGAGAGCCCAGCACCUCUGUCAGCCCGGUGGACAGCGUGCAGUGUUACAUGGACUCCGCCAAGACCAAACCCCUAGGCGCCAGAACAAUGUGAUUGUCUUACCGAAAUAACACCAAUAAACACCCCGAUCCCUGUACUGCAAUGAGUGGACUCAGGUGCUAUCCCAGGGCUGAUGCUAGGGUCUGUAGUUUCCCCCCAGCCCUUGCCAGGAGCCAAGGUGCUGACUUCUCAGGCCUGUGACCCAGCUCCUCUCAGCUCUCUGGCCCAGAAGGCACUUUUUGCUGCUUGCAUCUCACUUGCUGCCUUAUCGAAGGAAGCAUGGAAUGAAGUGCUCUUAUCUAAUUUCAGGGCUGAGGACCUCCAGCAGCGCCGUGUGUGCUGCUGUCCUGCCAUUAGCAGGCAUGGCAUGAACCCAUCCUCCUUCCCCUGCAAGGGUCACAAGAGCGAUAUUGUGAGAGGCAGACGCUUGCAUUCACCCGUGCCCCACAUCAUCAUUUGUAAAUAUGCAAAAGGCAAGACCAUGCUGUUUCUCUCCCUCUUCUUACUGUGUAAUGGCAAGCAGGUGUUUUCAGAGGCUGGUCUCCCAUAGCUCUGUUACAGAGGGAGGCUGGAUUUUGUCAGGUGAUUCACCCGUGAUCUUUGCAUAAUUGGUGGUAACUGGCAUAAUGAAGCUCUGGCAAAGAAAUUGUGUGAUAAAAUGUAAAUUGUGAGAGACAAGCAGCCCUGGAGAGCACAGACAGGGUUGUACUCCUAAUGUGGAAACAGGCUUGGGCAGCACUGGAAAUGUUCUUUACUGUUUGCUGUGCCUAAGGCUUGUGAAGCAAGGUUAAGGGAGUCGCAGGAUUUCGUUUGGUAGCGAGGUAAUGUGCUCUAACCCAGGCAGCUCUCUGCUGCUUCUGACACCUCCUGGGUUUUUGGACAAAGUAAACUGUAAGCCAGAUUUGUACUGGUGGUGUGCCUUACAGAGCAAACUCAGCAAUUAACACAUUUCUUGAUAGUAGGUGAUGUAGCAGCAACUGAUUUAUUUAUUUGAAAUGCAUUUGCAAUAUACUUUGUACUGUUAAAAUGGGGUUAGACUCUUUCUAAAUGUGAAAUAAGGUAUUACGUAGUGUCAGGGGGACUGAAAAAUCACUUCCUCAAGUCCAGUAUUUCGCCAUAAUGAUUUGGUUUGG